AUGCUCCUCGACCAUCUUUUCCUCCGUAUGGAAACGGCAGGUCGCUUCCGGACGGAUGACAUGACGCUUCAGACAUGUGCUUCACUUCUGAUUGCCAGCCUAGAACACCGAUGGCGUUUGGACCUCAACAGCUUUCGGAUUCAGGGGUGUCUCCACCUGCUGUUUGGCCUCAUUAGCACGAAACUAUUCCGCGUCGAGCGCCGUUCCACGACCAGGGUUGCGGUUUGCAACGGACUGGCUUACGGCGCCUUGGCUGUCUUCUUCAGCGACAAGUAUGCAAGUAAGGUGUGGAAGAACAGCCGUUGGGAGCUGGCCGUCGAGACCACAGGCAACCUAGCACGGGCAGCAGCGGGAGCCAGCACAGUUCCGGGUGUAAGCUCAACAGUCACAGGAGUAGUCGCGCUCGGUAGCACGGCAGUGUCCAAAAGAUUCAGGCAAAAGGAGGACAAGCUCUUGAAAGUCGUCUACAGCGUAGCCCGCAAGUUUGAGCUCCAAGUGUUGAGGGAGGCUGAGGAGGGACGCCUUCGGGGACAACAUGAUUGGUUCUCAAAAGACGAGAAUGGGUUGGGUUUCACAACAGAAGCACUGGACGACUUCAUCCUCACGGCAUCGCUCGUGUUCAAUAUCAUCGUCAGCGAGACCAAGGUUCCUCUCACCAUUGCGGUGGCGGAAAAGUCGAGAAAGGCGAACGUCUCAAAUCAAAAUCAAGGCCAAAGCGUGCAGGACUUGCUCAAGUUGCUGUUACGGCAUUCCAGUCCGCCGUCCAAUGACCCCUCAACAUCACCCGAGGUGGAUGCUUCCUCCUCUCCGGAAGCCAACGCGUCGGCCUCUCCCGAUGCGGGUCCCACAGCUUAG